AUGUCAACCUCUACAAAGAGAGGAUCUAAGGGAACAGGACUGCAACGUAAAAGGACAGACAAGCAAUCAGCCAUCUGCUUGCAGAAAGUGAAUGUAGAUCAUUCAGAUGAUGAAGCUAUUGAGAAAGCAAGUGCCCACAGGACAGCAACACAUCAAGAUUCAAAUUCCAAACCUGCUGUGACAAAGAAAAGAAAGCAGCCUACAGAGUGUUUUUUAAGUCAGCCUGAAGAAAAACAAGAGAGCACUGUAAAGGCAAAGAGGAGAAAGAAGAAAAAAAUUUCUGAUGUUCUGGAAAAAUCUGCUCCAAAACCUGGUGUCCCUGCAGAUCUACAAAACCUGCUUAGUCAACAUUUUGCUGAAAACCGUUCAGUGAUUGAAAUAGAGGAAUUAAAGCUAUCAGAUUCCUGUUUUUUGCCAGCCAAUGAUCUCACACACAGUUUUUCUUCAUACCUGAAGGAAAUCUGUCCUAAGUGGGCAAAACUCCGUAAAAACCACAAGGAGGAGAAGUCAGUCGUGAUGCUUGUUAUCUGCAGUUCUGCCCUUCGUUCCUUGGAACUCAUCAAGUCAAUGACAGCAUUUAAAGGAGACUGCAGAGUUCUCAAGUUGUUUGCAAAGCACAUAAAGAUAAAAGAACAGAUCAGUAUGUUGGAGAAGGGCGUGUUCCACAUUGGGGUUGGAACUCCUGGGAGAGUAAAAGCGCUAGUGGAGCAAGAUGGCCUGUGCUUGAACUCCACCAAAUAUAUGAUCCUGGAUUGGAACUGGAGAGAUCAGAAACUAAGGAGAAUGAUGGAUAUCCCUGAGAUAAAGAAAGAAACAAUUGACCUACUGGAGAUGAGUAUUAUAAAGCUGUGCAGAGAGGGGUCUGUGAAGCUGGGACUCUUUUAAUGGUUUUACCAACAAGGAAGUAAUUUGCAGCUGCAUUUUACUCUUAUCCUGUCUGCAACUGGCAAGUGAUUCACAGGUGGUGGAAUCAAGAAUUUCGACUUUUUGGAGGUCUGUCAAUACAGAAGGAAUGCACAUUGCAGCUUUUUCUGAGUUUCCUUUUCUUCUAAUAAUACAACAGAAGUUUUGUUUGU